UCACAUACUACAUACAAAAGCUCAGAGUUCAGUUCCAGGUAAAAACACUAACGUUGUGGCAGCUUAUUCCCAGAGGAGGAAAUGUGGAAAAGGGCGGCGCUUUCAAUCAAUUUUCUGAUGAGAUGUACCUCUCUUCAUAAUUCUCUCUACACUGUUCUUCCCCACUCUUCCUUUCUCCGUACAACUAGCUACCGUAGUGCUGUACCCAAGGCUUUUGUCCAAGGACCUCCUUUUGGGCCACUCCUUCGAGUUUCGUCCAUUUCAUGCCAUCAAGGCUUCCACAGUGGCCUGAUUUUGGAGAUAGCUAAUCAUGAUGCAGAUACCGCAAGGAAAUCUGAGAGUAAUGUUACCUCCAAGGAUGCUUCUACUAAGGUAAAGAGGAAAAAACUAAAGGGAAAGAGAGCAGUUGUAAGGUGGCUAAAGCACUUCAGAUGGAAGAAGAAGAAGGAGCAUCAGAGAAUGACCGUUGAAGAGAAGAUGUUAUACAAGCUGAACAAGGCUCGCAAGAAAGAAGAAAGACUUGUUGAAGCACUGAAGAAGUUAGAGCCGAAAGAGUGGUCGGAGGCAAUUCAUGACCCUGAGGUACUGACGCCAGAAGAGCAUUUUUACUUUUUGAAGAUGGGCCUCAAGUGCAAGAAUUAUGUCCCUGUAGGAAGAAGAGGGAUAUACCAAGGUGUAAUCCUUAACAUGCAUUUGCAUUGGAAGAAACACCAAACACUACAAGUAGUUGUAAAGACAUUUACUCCUCAAGAAGUGAAGGAGAUAGCUUCUGAACUAGCAAGGUUGACUGGUGGAAUUGUACUUGAUAUUCAUGAGGAGAACACAAUAAUCAUGUACAGGGGAAAGAACUACUCACAACCACCAACAGAGAUAAUGUCACCACGUGUCACCCUUCCUAGGAAAAAGGCAUUGGAUAAAUCUCAAUAUAGGGAUGCCUUGCGAGCUGUUAGAAGAUAUAUUCCGAGGCUUGAGCAGGAACUUGACCUGCUCCGAGCACAGGCUCGAAACAAAGAGGAUCAUGUUUCUGAGCAAGCUGAAAAUGCCACCACGGUAUUACCUGAUAGCAAUGAUAUUUGCUGUGCUGCCUUACCAAGCUCGAAGUCUGUCCCUUCAGAUAAGCUAAGGGAAUUGAUGGAUCAAUAUGAUAAAACUGUAAAGGACGACGAUCCUCUUACAGAUGCGAGCAUGAACUCAGAUUCAGAAGAUUUAUCUGAUAUGUUUGAGACAGAUUCAGAUAGUGAGGAAAAUGUCGAACAUCCUUUAUACUUAAACGAGUUCAAUAAAUUUCCAGCAAAGAAUGCGGAUCCAGAAUGUUUUGCAGAAGAUCUACGUCAGAUUUCAUUAGACUCGAAUAAGGCUGAGCUGUCGAGUGAGGGUGCUGACCUAGCAGAUUUUGAUGAGGUUGACCAAAUCUUUCUGCGAGCAGCUGAACUUUUGAAGAAGAAGAGACGAUGAAGGUGUGAUGAUUGGAUAUUGAAGGCGUAGUUGGCAAAGAUUCACUUCUUAUGGUGUACCAACACCUGACAUCGAGAGUCUGGGAAUCCUGAUGUGCAUAUAGUGAUACAGGUGCUAAAUUGAUUGUCGAACUGGUGGAAUUUUUUCAGCAGAUGAAGGAUUCAAACUUGUCCUUCAGUGCAAUGCCCUACAACGAGACGAUGACUUAGUUCGUUUUGGAGCAAGUACAUAAGGUUUCCGCAGUUAUUAUAGAUCUGAAGUGCUAAAAUCUUGCACCAGAUCUAUGUACCAUAAGCAUUGGAGAAGAUAUUACGAAGCAACUCUCAACAUCGAUGGCGUGCGAAGCAUUCUUGCUAAGAUGGUGAAGGUUGAGUGAGGUCAGAGGUGUCUAGACCUUGCUAACAUUUAUGUGACGACCACGGACAAACAUGUACCUAAUCUGGGGCAAAGCUCUCUUGUAGAAGCUGAAAAGAGCACUGUCAACGAUUGGUUGCAAUCAUGUGCUCUUUGUAUCUUCGACAUAUUUAUAUUAGGGCAUGUUGAAGAGGCUCAGCAAGUCAUAGAUAGAGCUGCCAUUUGGGUCAAUGGGCUGGGUUCGUGUUUGGUUCCGUGUUCAGCUUACGUUCUUUUUAGAUGAUAUUACUCCGCUGUGCCUAGUCAUAAAGGUAAUGAGUUAGAAUUUUGUGGGUAACUCUAGUUAUUCAUGAAUGAUGAUGAUGGAAUUUGGGGGUUUUAAGUUUUAAUGCUCCUAUUUAGCCUCAUGAACUUCAGAUAGACGGUAAUUUUGGUGAUGAGUUUCUGGGUGAUUUGCUCUCAUUUCUGGGUGAUUUGCUCUCAUUUCGUUACACUACUAACUACAGAUUAUUAUACCACUAGACAAAAUAGCCAAUCUAUAAGGACUGAUGAUUGGAACCGAAAGUGUUCGAUCUGUAUUGGUCCUUGAUAUACCAAGGGCCUGUUUUCCCCAACUUAUGUUCAAUUCAGUUCAGUUCAAUUUAAUUCAGUUCAAUUCAGUUUAA